AUGGACCUUAAUUCAUCUGAGGAGGAAGUGCUGCGGUACUGGCGAGAAAUCGAUGCGUUCCAGACUCAGCUCCGACUCACCAAAGACCAGCCACGAUUCACAUUUUACGAUGGCCCUCCUUUUGGCUUGCCGCACUACGGUCAUCUUCUGACCUCGACGAUCAAAGACAUGAUUCCGCGGUAUUGGUCGAUGAAAAGCUACCACGUCAGCCGCCGCUUCGGCUGGGACACUCACGGACUCCCCAUUGAGUACGAGAUCGACAAGAGACUGGGUGUUUCAGCACGGGAUGCGGUCAAGAACAUGGGAAUCGAAAAUUACAAUGCUGAAUGUCGAUCCAUCGUGAUGACUUAUUCGGCCGAAUGGCGGCACACAAUCGAACGUCUGGGCAGGUGGAUUGACUUCGACAACGACUACAAGUCAAUGGACCUCAAGUUCAUGGAGUCUUGCUGGUGGGUGUUCAAGCAGCUCUUCGACAGGGACGAUGUCUACCGCGCCUACCAGAUCAUGCCGUGCUCGACCGCUCUCUCCACACCGCUUAGCCAUAUGGAGUCCAAGCAGAACGAAAAGAUGGCCCAAGACCCUGCUAUCCUUGUGUCAUUCCCCGUGCUCGGUGUGGAGGGCAAGGAGGACACCUCUCUCGUCGUCUACACAACCACCACCUGGACCCUGCCCUCCAAUCUCCUCAUUGCCAUCCACCCUGACUUUGAGUACCUGGAGAUUCUCGACGAGAAGAUGGGCCACCGAUAUAUCCUGCUGGAGAGUGGUUUGUCCAUGUUAUACAAGGACCCGAAGAAAGCACGGUACACCGUUGUCUGCAAUAUCCCCGGGAAAGCCAUGAUCGGGUGGAAGUACAAGCCGUUGUUCAACUACUUCUCCGACACCUUCUCGGAUUACGAGGGAACGGGAUUGGUUCACCAAGCUCCCGCAUUCGGACAGGAGGACUACGACGCCGCCGUAGCUGCUGGAUUCAUUUCGCCCAGCCGUCUGCCGCCCUGCCCCGUCGACAAGUUCUGCUGGAGAUCCGAUACGCAGCUCACCCGGCGCGCCGUCUCCUCUUGGUUCGUCCGGGUGACCGAUUCGAUCCCGGAGAUGCUCGAGAACCUCGAGCAAACGACCUGGGUGCCCCAGUUCGUCAAGGAGAGACGGUUCGCCAACUGGGUUGCUAACGCCCACGAUUGGAACGCCUCCAGGAACCGGCACUGGGGCACCCCGAUUCCGUUGUGGGUGAGCGACGAUUACGAAGAAGUGGUGUGCGGGGGGAGCGUGGAGGAGUUGAAGCGGUUGAGUGGCUUUGAGGGGCCCCUGGAUGACAUCCACCGGGACAAGGUCGACGGAAUUACGAUUCCGUCACAGCAAGGGAAGGGCGUCCUCCGCCGAGUUGACGAAAUCUUCGACUGCUGGUUCGAAUCCGGGAGCAUGCCGUAUGCUUCGAUUCACUGUCCCUUUGAGAACUCGGAGCAGUUCCACAAUGGCCUGUUUCCGGCCGACUUCAUCGCCGAAGGCCUCGACCAGACUCGUGGAUGGUUCUACACCCUGACGGUGCUCGGUAACAAGCUGUUCAAGACGUCGCCGUUCAUGAACUUCAUCGUCAACGGCAUUGUGCUCGCCGAGGACGGCAAGAAGAUGUCCAAGAUACGGCGCGUCGCCGCCAUGCAGCGGGCCAUCCAGCUGGGGCGGGCGGCGCGCGAGCGGCGCGGCGUCGCGCUCAAGACCCCGCUGCGCUCGCUCGUGGUGGUCGCCGACGCGCAGGCCCUGGCCGAUGUCGGGUCGCUUGCGGAGCCGUACGUCCGGGAGGAGCUCAACUGCGCGACGGUCGACUGGUCGUCGCUGGGGAAGAGGCUGAAGAAGGAUGUGCAGGUGGUGAGGGGGGCGCUGCCGACGCUGAGUCAGGAGCGGCUGCGCGAGUAUCAGCGCACGGGGUCGAUUGACCUCCCCGGCGGGAUCACGCUGGGCGAGGGCGACCUGACGCCGGUGAGGGUGAUUGAGGAGGGGAAGCAGCAGGACGCCGGGUUGUCGUCGGAGGGGGCGCCGCAGUGGGAGGCGGCAUUUGCGGACGACAUGGUGGUGCUGCUAGACGUGGCGCCGCACCCGGAGCUGGUGGAGGAGGGGCUGGUGCGGGAUCUGGUCAGUCGGUUUCAGCGGCUGCGCAAGAAGGCCGGGCUGGUGCCGACGGACGAGGUGUGCAUGCGGCUGCGCGUCGCCUCGGAUCCUGAUGGGGUCGGGCUGGGGAACGUGGUGGCGGCGCGGCAGGAUAUGUUCGUCGCUGCGCUGAGGGGGAGGGUUGAGGAGGCACGGGAGGAGGGCGAGGUCAUUCUUGAGGAAGAGCAGGUGGUUGGCAAUCGUGUAGUAAUACUGCAGCUUGCGCGGGUAUGGGUUCGAUGUAUGUAG